CUCCAUAUCGCCUUAUUCCCCUGUCUGCCACGUAGGCUUCCGUGUUGGGAUUCUGGUUCUGCUUUGCUCCGCUACUAGGGAAAGGGGCCUUAUUGUCUCUCCUUAUAAAUUAUCCUUCUCUUGCUUCUCUUCCUCUCCAUUCCUUCCUACAGCGGCUCCGCAGUGCAAGCGCUUAAGAAUCUCCCAAGAACGUCGUCCUCGCGAAGAAGGCAUAAUUUAUUCAGACACUCGGGAAGGACGUUGAACCGGGGUAUUGUGGUCUUCCUGCUAUUUCGUUAUCGGAUCGAAGACGUUUGCGCUCCGCUGUCUGUUUCAGCCUCGACGGUUAUCUGCUUCUACGUAGACUGAGUGUGCACGCGCCACUCAGUCACAGUUCAAGAUGCAUCCCUUGAUGCCUCAGACACCUCAUAAGGAUGACCUUGAUGAAACAUGGACAUUCUUAGAAAAGGGAAUUGAUAGCGUUAUGCUUAAUCUGGAGGGGGGGUUGGAUAUGAAAUCUUACAUGGCGCUUUACACGGCGGUCCAUAACUUUUGCACAUCACAGAAGGCGGUCACUAAUGGUCAAGGGGGUCUGCAAGCACAUAGAGGCGCACAUCUACUAGGAGAAGAACUGUACAAGUUGCUUGGCGAGUACCUUGCACGGCAUCUCAGAGAUGUAUACGUUCAGUCCGAGAACCAUACCGGAGAAGCCUUGCUUGGGUUUUAUAUCCGCCAGUGGGCGCGCUAUACAACCGCCGCCAAGUACAUCAACCAUAUUUUUAAAUACCUCAACCGUCAUUGGGUGAAGAGGGAAAUAGAAGAAGGCAAGAAGAACGUGUAUGAUGUAUACACCCUCCAUCUGGUCAAAUGGAAAGACGACUUCUUCCAAAGGGUCCACGAGAAAGUGAUGGCGGCGGUUCUCGAAUUGGUCGAGAAACAGCGAAACGGCGAGACAAUUGAUCAAUCACAGAUCAAAAGCAUCGUCGAUUCGUUCGUCUCCCUCGGUUUGGAUGAGAACGACAGCACCAAGUCCACCCUCGAAGUUUACAGAUUCUACUUUGAAAAGCCAUUCAUUGCUGCCACCAGGACCUACUAUGAUAAUGAAUCGCGGCAGUUUGUGGCGGAGAACAGUGUGGUGGAAUACAUGAAGAAAGCUGAAGCACGCCUCGAAGAAGAAAAGGCCCGCGUGGGUCUGUAUCUGCACCCAGACAUCACCAAAAGUCUUACGGAAACUUGCUUGGACGCUCUGGUCACCGCACACUCAGGGUUGCUCCGGGACGAAUUCCAGGUACUAUUAGAUAACGAGCGGCAAGAUGAUUUGGCACGGAUGUACCGACUUUUAUCACGCAUCAAAGAUGGCUUGGACCCGCUACGAGCAAAAUUCGAGACUCAUGUCCGGAAAGCUGGGCUUGCCGCUGUCGAGAAGGUGGCUGCAGGAGGCGACAGUUUCGAGCCGAAAAUGUAUGUCGAUGCGUUAUUACAGGUGCAUAAAAGAUACCAGAACCUGGUCAAUGAUGCAUUCAACGGCGAAUCAGAAUUUGUGCGGUCUUUGGACAAUGCUUGCCGGGAGUUCGUUAACAGAAACUCAGUUUGUAAGUCAAGUUCCACGAAGUCACCGGAAUUGCUAGCUCGGUACACGGAUUCGUUAUUGAAGAAGGGAGCCAAAUCUGCGGAGGAAUCCGAGCUGGAAGACAUGCUCGUGCAGAUAAUGACGGUCUUCAAGUAUAUCGAGGACAAAGAUGUCUUCCAGAAGUUCUACUCAAAGAUGUUGGCCAAGCGGCUUGUGCAUGUUAGCUCAGUAUCAGAUGAUGCUGAGACGAGCAUGAUAAGCAAGCUGAAGGAGGCUUGCGGGUUUGAAUAUACAAACAAGUUGCAGCGUAUGUUCCAGGAUAUUCAGAUAUCUAAAGACCUCAAUGCUAGUUAUAAAGACUGGCAAAACAAGGUUCUCGACGAUGAGGACCGGAAGAGGCUGGUAGAUGCACAUUUCCAGAUCUUAGGAACUGGAUUCUGGCCUCUCAACCCUCCAUCCACCGACUUCCUCGCACCACCAGAAAUCGUGAAGACCGCGGAGCGGUUUCAGAGUUUCUAUUUCGAUAAACACUCCGGCCGCAAGCUCACCUGGCUCUGGCAGCUUUGUAAAGGUGAGGUAAAGGCCAACUACAUCAAGAACACCAAGGUACCCUACACUUUCCAGGUGUCAACGUUUCAGAUGGGUAUUCUCUUGCUCUUUAAUGAGCAUGACUCCUUGGAAUACUCCGAUAUCCAGAAGGCCACAUCCUUAGCUCCGGAAAUUCUCGACCCGAACCUAAGCAUCUUCUUGAGGGCCAGGGUGCUCACUGCAAGUCCCGAGGGAGCCAAACCCCAACCCGGCACAACCUUUACACUGAACUACAACUUUAAGAACAAGAAGAUUAAGGUGAACCUGAACAUUCAAAUAAAAUCCGAGCAGAAGGUUGAAUCCGACGACACACAUAAGACCAUAGAGGAGGACCGAAAGCUGCUGCUUCAGUCCGCCAUUGUCCGUAUCAUGAAGUCUCGCAAGAAGAUGAAACACGUCCAGCUUGUGCAAGAAGUCAUUCAACAGGUCAAAUCUCGAUUCCCACCAAAAGUGCCAGAUAUCAAAAAGAACAUCGAAGCUCUCAUGGAGAAGGACUACAUUGAGCGCCUGGAUGGUGAUGAGAUUGCUUACAUUGCUUGAAGAAAAAGUGGAAAUAAGGAGUAGAGAAGGUUUUGUGCUUCCAAUAUGGACAUCAUUAGACGCAUGGGCUAGCUCUGGCAGUCUUUCUUUCUCCUUUUAUUUCCUUUCUUUUUUCUUGCUUCACCUAUCUACUCUUUGUUCUUUUCCGUAAGCGAGCUCGAACCAAUCACCCAACCCAGGUGGCUGUGAAUGACCAGGAAUGAAAUGAAUCUCUUUAUAUGAGUUACUUACUCUGUACGUUGUAUUUUCGGGCCCGAUUUAUUCUCCAUUCAGUUGACUGACAUCUCAUUUUACUAUCUUAACCGUUAUGGAUUAUGUCGAAAUAAUUUGAAUAAAAUAUGAUGCAACUAUCUG